AAUAUAUAUUAAAAAAAAAUUUCCAGGUGUGGUAUGGAGGGAAGUGGGAUAGGCAAAAUUCACAGUUAAAAGGCUAUCAUGAAUUUCCCAGAUUAUUCAGUUUAGUGUUUAAUUAUUUCUUAGAGCUUUUCAGAUGUUGACAUGUAAUAUGUAAAAUAUUAGCUUUCUAUAAUUUUUCCCAUCUAGAAAAUAUUUAUAGAUCAGAUUCAUCAGUGGCUGUUAAAAACUAGGUUUUAAUUAAAUGAGUAAUACAUAAAUAUUCAAGUGGAAAAGUAAGAUGAUACUAAAAUCCCCCCUUGACCUCUCUCAGUCCCUCCACAGGUUAUAGCAGUCAUCAAUUUUGUGUUUGUAUUUUUUCCAUUUUUGCAUCUAUAUAUCUGUUGAAAAUGAGACUUUUGUAUGUGUGGUCAUGAUUAACUUUUAGAUCUUGGUGGAUUCUUAGACAUUGCCUGGUCCCCCUUCCCCAUUUUAUAAAUGAGGAAACAAGUUCAAAUGGUUAAGUGUCUUGCCCGAAUUAUAGCUGGUUAGUGACAGAACUAGGACUAUAACCCAGGUCUUUCGACUCCUAAGCCAGUAUUCAUACUAAAGCAAAUGAUAUCCUUAAAGUACAAAUCGUUGGAACAAAACUAGUUCUUUAGUUGCAUAAUUUUUCCUCUAAAGGUUUUUCUUUGAUGUUCUUGACUCAAAAUUUAACACUCUGGUAUUUAGAAAAAAAAAAAUCAAGAUGAAAAUUAAUAGAUGGAGCACCUUAAAAGCAUAAUACAGUUGACUUUGUAAUUAGUAGAGUUGAAAGUGAUGAGAAGAUCCUCUAAUUUUCUUUGUACCUUCAGGAAGGUGGGAGUCAAUCAUUUUGACAAGUCUCCAGAAAGGAACAGCUAGCAGGAGCUGAAACCUUUUUCCAUUUGGUCUCGUAGCAAAGGCAGAGAUCACGCCAGCAGCUCCACACAAUAUGAUGUGCCCACUAGUGCCCUCUAGGGGUUCCGUGGAUGAGGAUGUGUUGGAUGACUCCCUGCUGGACCUGAGUGAAGGAGAGGAAGAUGAUGGCCGUUUCAGCUUCACAGAGGAGGAGAUAGAGAACUACUUGAAGGAUGAUAAUCUAUCUGAUGAGGACGAGGAAGAUUCAUUGGACAGCACUGGAUCAGUAGCUGAGACUCCUGAGCUCUUCAAAUUACCUCAAAGUACUCCGGUUGGUCAGGGACCAACUCCUACAAAACCAUUAAACAGACCCUUUGCAAUAGAAAAGAAUCUUGUAAAAUUAACAGUUGUUGCACCAUUUAAUCCAACAGUUUGUGAUUCUGUGCUUGAUAAGGACAAGACUGAUACAUCCAAAGCUAUUGAAAAACCCUCCUCCCUUGGACAAGACAUAAGAGAAGAUGGUCUUAGCCCAAAAAAGAGCAAACUUUGCACUAAUUCUGAAGGGAUUGUCCCCAAUAAUUCUGCCUGGGAUGGGCCCCCACUCUCUUCUCCUUCAAAUAAUAAUUUUCAACAAACUGUCCGUGAUAAAAGUAUGCCUGAUAGUAAGAAAUCUACACCUGUAGUGUCUCAGAUCUUGGACCAUUCAGAGACUCCUCAUAUAGGGUCAUCCUGGAGAAAUGGAUCACAUAAAACAAGUUGUGAAAUGAAGUUUCCAGUUGUUUCCAGUUCGUCAAACAAAGAUGCUCUUGACAAGGAUUCUGGAAAGCUGAAAGUUCCUGAGAGAAUAGGCAAAGUCAUUCCUGUUCUGCAAGCCAAAACAAGGACUAAUGUUCCGACAUUUUCACAAUCAGAUCUAGAACGGAAGAAGCAAACUUAUGUCAGGAGUGUUUUUGCUCAUAUAAAAGACUCGGUGGACUCUAACCAAGGUGCCUUGGUGGAACUGUGUUCUUUGGUGGAUCAAGUUCAUCAUAUGCAUAACCAUUCACAUCCUUCAGACCUCACCAUUCGAAACUAUGCCCGGUUCCGACAGAAACCUUUGGAAAGAUACAGUCUGACUCAGUGGGUUGACAGGAACAAGCGAAGCCACCAACGGUUCCAGAGUCUCUAAGAUACCGAGUACAGUUCAUGAGUCUCAUCCCAUUAGCAGUGAAGGUCCCUGUCCAGGGUCCUGUCCAGAGCAGCACCUCAUCUGCUGUUUUGUCCUUGGCAGAUUUUGAAUUUUAUUUUUCACAAGAUUUUUAUUUAAAGAAGUUUUCACCUUUUGGAAAUGCCCAUUGCUGACUUGAAAUUUUUUUGUAUAAAAUCCUUCGUGGGUGUGUGUGUGUGUAUGUGUGUUUAAGCAGUGUUAACUUGGUAUAGUUUUUAUUUGUUUCUUUAAAUUGAAGGCGGCCGCCUCCUGAAAGCCAAUAUUAAGCCAAAACACCCAGGCUCAAUCAAAACACCCACCUUUAUGCAGAAGUGAAGUCUACUGGUGCCCAAAAGAAAUAAGCUUUUAAUCUCCUGUAAGGAAAAGAUUCUUUUAUCAGGCUGCACGCCAGUAUUAAUUAUUGCUCUUGACUUAUAAAUGCAUGCAAGUCACUUUUAAUAACCCCUCUUUUUUAUUUGAAUCUCUAAGUACCUGUCAAAAUUUUAAAGUUGGUAAUCCAAGAUAUUUGAAAUAGGAUAGAUGUCCUGUUGAAAGGACAAAUUAAUAGUGUAAAUCUUCUCUCCUUUUUGUACCUACUAUCUGCCUUUGUUGUUUUUUUGCUUUUAUUUCAUUCUUUAUCAAAUUUACUUUGCACAGUAGUGUUUGCAAAUCUUAUACAUCUUAACUUUGACAGAAGACUGCUGACUAACCCAUGUUAAUUUGUGGUCUUGUAACUGUCUUCUCUGCCUUCAAGGAUUUGCCUUUUUCCCCCUCAGUGACCACUGUGCUCUCUAGGGUUCGGCCAGUAUAUUCCUAUGAACAGUCUCCCUACUUUCUUUAUUGAAGAGCUCCUUGCCUAGGGUCUUGACUCCAGGACAAGCCAGAAAGUCAGUGCUAUUGAGGUGUCAGUCUUUGGUUUCAUCUGCUGAACCCCAGCUUUAAGGAUGAGGUCAUGUGUUAGUGAGCCUCCAUCCUAUGGGAGAGACUUUGGAGAGGCACUCUUGUCUCCAUUAGUCAAUAAGAGGUGCCUUUAGACCCUGGAUGUUAUCAUCUCAUUUGGUCAAACCUGUGAUGCACAGUUUCACAAAACUGCUAACUUGGGUCUGAUAUAGUUGUGAUUAAGCCUGUGCACAAAAACAUUACCUGAUCUUAAGGUUUGGUAUUCUAAGCCAAGUUAACAGAUUGUGCAUCCAUCUUAAUGGAUGUCUUAGGAGUUUGCUAUUCUUUCUUUACAGACAGCUCUAGACAUCUUUUGGGAGACUCUGCAUUCCAGCAUUCGUGCUGUUGUUCACUCUGUGAAGGUUGUACAUAGUUGCUGUAGCAUAGCCUGUGAAACUGGGCUAGCUGCCUCUCUGGUUUUGUUGUUUCAUCAGCCCUGUCUUUGUAUGUGAGUAACCCAUCUUAAACAUCCUUCCCUGCUUUAGAAACUGACUUGGGAAAAGCUUGGUCAUUCAAGCCACCAAUAAAUUUAGAUGGAUGUCCCUAAGUAUUGUUUUUAUUCAGUUAAGGGUUCUCUUUUCCUUGGACAUUUGGUUUAAUUCUGAGACCAAAAUGCUAAAAAGUUAUGUUCAAAGACAAUAGUCAAAUCUGUUUAUUCAGUUGUCACUUAGUACAUCAGUCACUUCUCCAGGUUUCCCUAAAUUAGCUUGAUAGAGUGAGACAAACAUCUGUCUUUGGAACCACAGCAUAGCUAAAAUUAAUCGUAGCUGGAAUAACCAGCACUGCAGCUGUCUAGUUUCCCAUAGAUAACCCAAGUUGUAAAGGGACAGUGUUUUGCUUAGGCAAAAACCUAGGACUCAUGUUCCUGCCUUCCUGGUGCAAAAGGGUUUAAGUCUGAAUGUAUAAUGGGUGCAUCACCUUUGCCAAAUCAUAUGAGUGACAGGUUAACUAUAAAAUGUGACAAUCACAUUUCCUCUUUGCUCAAAUCUGUUUUUCCAAAGCUUUAGCAGCUUAAUUAAAUCUGUUGGACUGGAGGAGGAGAGAACUGUUCUCUAGCGGUUAACAUGAUAUUCUUUAAGGAGAAAAAAAACAAAGCCAAAGAAGACUCGUUAUCAGGCAUGCCCACCUUAAAGAUGGUAGUGGGUAAAAUCUGGAGUUUCAGUAUGUUUUUAAAGAUGCAUAUCUCAUAUUUGGUGUUGGUCUCUAAGUCCAGUAUUUUAUGUGGAAUUCUUACUGUAUUUUAUGUUACGUACAUUUAACUGCCUACCUAGCUUUCUUCAUCCAUGAUGACAUUCUCAUCACAGGGGUAUUGAUAAAGCAGAGUAAAAAUGUGCUGUUUAUAUAGUUUACUUAUAAGAGCCGGAAAUAACCUGUAGUUUUGCAUCUAACGCAGGUCCUGCUUUACUUGAGUUUUUGUCAGGAUCAGUUAUGAAACAAGUUUGGUGCCUCCUCUUUAUCAUGUUUUUUCCCUUGUAGCAGUUGUGUUUAAUGUCAUUAAAAAGAAAUAAAAGUUCUUGUCAGUGGCA